CGAUCACGUUUUGCGCUCACCAAUGAGCGCCCUGGACAUAUUAUAAAUGUCGGGCCCUUUGCUUCAUAUACCCCAAGUUCUUCCCCAAAUCCCUUUGCAAUGUGGAUCUGACUGUGAAACCUCUGCAGAGCGAAGAACAGUGAAAGAGGAUCCCGAAAACCUGUGACAGACCAGAAAGUCCUUUUUGCUGGAGAAUGCGGAUCUCUCGGUGCUUCCUGUUUCUGGUUAAAAAAUGCGGCAAUGUCAGGCCGACGAAUUGGCGGAACCAACAUACCUACAAGAUGGCCACUUCAGCGAGCGCCAACCUCAGCAAGAUUGUGAAGAAGAACUACAUGGAUCUGUCCCAGGACGGCAAAGUGCAGGCUAUGUACAUCUGGAUCGAUGGCACGGGGGAGUCUGUGCGAUGUAAAACCAAGACCCUGGAUAAGGAACCCAAGAGCAUAGCUGACCUCCCAGAGUGGAACUUUGAUGGUUCAAGCACGUAUCAGUCAGAAGGAUCCAACAGUGACAUGUACCUCAUCCCAGCAGCCAUGUUCCGGGAUCCUUUCCGGAAGGAUCCAAACAAGCUUGUCCUUUGUGAAGUUCUCAAAUACAAUAGGAAACCAGCAGAAACAAAUCUGCGAAACUCAUGCCAGAAAAUAAUGUCCAUGGUGGCGGACGAAGAUCCGUGGUUCGGAAUGGAACAAGAGUACACUUUAUUAGGAACAGACGGACAUCCCUUUGGAUGGCCCUCCAAUGGCUUUCCUGGACCUCAAGGACCCUAUUACUGUGGAGUUGGUGCAGACAAAGCUUACGGCCGAGAUAUUGUGGAGGCUCAUUACCGAGCCUGCCUUUAUGCUGGAAUUCAUAUCUCUGGUACCAAUGCUGAAGUAAUGGCAUCUCAGUGGGAGUAUCAAAUUGGACCGUGUGAAGGCAUCAAGAUGGGUGACCACCUGUGGAUUUCGAGGUUUAUUCUGCAUAGGGUGUGCGAGGAUUUUGGUAUCAUUGCCAGCUUUGACCCCAAGCCCAUUCCAGGCAACUGGAAUGGUGCAGGGUGCCACACCAAUUUUAGCACCAAAUCCAUGCGAAACGAGGGUGGGUUGAAAUUUAUUGAAGACUCAAUCGAAAGACUGGGCAAGAGGCAUCAAUAUCACAUCCGUGCCUAUGACCCCAAGGGGGGCUUGGACAACGCUCGCCGCUUGACGGGCUACCACGAAACCUCUAAUAUCAACGAGUUCUCAGCUGGUGUGGCAAACAGAGGGGCCAGUAUCCGAAUUCCCCGAUCAGUCGGCCAGGACAAGAAAGGGUACUUUGAAGACCGUCGUCCCUCUGCCAAUUGUGACCCUUACGCGGUCACAGAAGCACUGGUCCGCACGUGUCUACUGGCCGAGACUGGGGACAAGCCUGUCGAGUAUAACAAAAACUAAACCCGCUAAUGCACUAAUGGACCUAGCAUUUGUAUCAGUUUUUUGUUUUUUUUUUUCUGGAAACAUGGGACUUUAAGGUCUCUACUCCUACACUGUACAGGUGCUAAAGAGGGUUGUGAGAAGAGGGUGCGGGAGCGAUGGUGGUGUCUGAGUUUGUAUUGUAUUUCUGCACAUAAUUUCUUCUGCUUUUAAUCUGAAAAGUGAGGAGUGAUACUUGGGAUAGGACUACAGACUGUUCUCUUAUUUAGAACAGUUAACGUUAAUAACUCCAAGUUGACUGGUCAACUUCAGAAAGACAGUCACCUGUAAUUUAAUACAGUCAACAUUGAUGUUAAAGCAGGCCUUUUUUUUUAUUAAAACUCAGCAUUAAUAUUUUAUGGUCAGGUGACACAUUCUCAUUUGCUAACACUUUGGAUCUGUACAGAUCCACAAAUAUUACUAACGCUGUAAGCUACACAAUUUCACUUACUUUUAAUGGUUGCUUGCAUUCUUUGAGAGAGUCCUUGGGUGCUAAAGAUUGGUUCUGUAAAAAUGGCUGGUCUAGCACUGGAAGCAGGAUUUUUGAGACCUCUUUUUGGGAUUUUUGACUAGUCCUGUGUAAUUUAUUAUGUUGUGUUGAACACUUUUUUGUUUUCAAAAUGAGAAUUAGACUUCCUUACAAUCUUGAAGACACUUUGUAACUAAUGUUUCUUGUGUGAGUAAUUUUCACUUAGUCUGGUUUGGCCAGUUAAUUUUGCAGUGGUCUUGUCAUUGUUAUAGGGUCCAAGGGUAUCUCAAUGUUGAUGCCUUUGUAUAUUGUACAUUAUCUUAAUGACAAACCCCAUUUUUAGAUGCAUGCCCUAAAAGAUCAAAAGCAUUCAGCUAAUGUAUUAGAAGUUUUACAAAAGUGAAUUUUAACUAUAUAUCUGAAUUGUAUGACACUAUCUGACUGUGCAUUCUAGCUUUUUGGGAGAGAGCAGGGUGUGUUUUGAAGAUAACAAUUAAUGUGAUUGGUCCUUCCUGAAGUAAGUUACUGUUCACUUGAACUUUUUCUUAAACAAAAUCUUAAGGCUUCACAAGGAAAUUUCAGUUGUAAAAAAUUGAAGUUUUUAUUUCUGUAGUUCCUGCCUAGGUGAAUUAAUUAACUAUGUCAUCCCCUUCCAGAGCUGCAUUUUUGUGCAACAGUUUCUGAGGCAUGCUGUAAGCAUUGUUGUAUUUUUUUACCGUAUUUUGGUGCAGAUUAGUUUCAGGUUUUGACAUCUCUGUGGAUUUCUUUUUUAACUCCGCAAAACAAAUAGAACCUUUUUAAAAUUGCUGUCUUCUGUCUUGUAUUUUUGAAAUGUCAUUUGCUAAAUUUGAGUAAAGUGGUUUUUAAUCUUG